AUGGGUGUUGAAAACUUGCAUGCUGGACUUGUCAAGAUGCAAAGCUCAAGGCCCACCACGAACUCUGGAGGAGAGGGAACAGAUCCUGCGAUGAACCCACGAGAGUCGGAUCCAGAAAACGAUCAGAGUCAUACUUCUUCCUCCCAGAGCUCCGAGCCCGAGGAACCUGAAGAAACCAACGAAAGACGGCGUCUCGAGCGAAUUCUCCUGGAUCAAUACUUACAGGACGAAGAAACCGACAGCAAUUUCAUUAAAGUCAAAAGCACAACAAACGAACUCAUUCGUGAAAGUUCUCGUACAAAUACAUUGGGGAGUGCUCUAUGGCUCGCAAGUACACUUGGUCUCAAGAGAUCAAUGGAAGUAAUGAUCAAUGAGAUAAGAAAAGAUUUUAGGGAAUAUCUCUCCGAUAUACUCAAUUGGUGCAACAAACAACAUGACAACUCGACCCCAUUGCAUGUGGCAUGCUUCUAUGGAAGUUCGGAUGUUGUUACGUUACUUAUCAGUCAUGGGGCAAACAAAGAGGCGUGUGAUGGAAAAGGAAGGACUCCUCUACACACAGCUGUUCUAGAGUCUGAGUCGGAGAUCAUCAAGCUUCUUCUCGACCAAAACGCGGAUAUUCUAGCUCAAGAUAAUGAAGGCCAGACACCUUUGAUUAUGGCAAUCAAAAACGAAGACAUGAGCUGUGUGAACACCCUGCUUGACAUCAAGCCGCAACGCAAACAACGGUAUAAGCCUCACAGUCAACAAAAAUCAGCAUUUCAAUGGGCUAUCGAGAUCAGAUUCACGCAAGGAAUUGUUAAAAUGUUCGAAGACCCAUCGGAUCACCCGGACGAUGAGGAUGUAUCCAAGGCCGCGAACGAGUUGCUGGAACACGCAGUGUAUACCGAAGACGACCUGGAUGACCAAGCGGAAAAGGUCGUGAAGUUCCUUCUGCAAAAGAAUUCUUCACCCCCCAAGGGUUCUAAAGACCUUGGAAAUCUCAAGAAAUAUCUAUCAUGGGCUGCAGAAAGACACGGCAGACACCGUAUUGCCAAACUUCUUCUGCAGCAAAAUGAACGGGGGUCCUCAGAUAACUCGGCUAUUGAGAUGGCCGCACGUCAGAGAGAACCUCAAAUACUCUGGUCACUUAUCGCGGCCUCCCCUCGAGACUCUGAAACCAUCAAUCAAGUCAGUGCGGCCCUCAAACACUUCAAGAGGAAAUAUCGCAAGGUGGAUGCUACCGGAGGCACCACCGCCAGCACCGACAGGAAACUUCUGAAUGCGAAAGAUCCAAAAAUCAUUCAUAUUCUUCAUAACCCACCAAUGGGACUUUUAUUCGGCGUACACGGGAAGAAUGAUUCGAAAGUUUCAUAUCCCGGAUUGGAUGAGAUUGAAUCUAUGAGACAAUUUGACGAUGCCAUCGUCGCUGAAUUCUAUGGCGGCCGCGAUGUGCCUAUUCAGAGCGCCCACAAUGUUUACGAUGUCGUCUACGAGAAAGGGCCAAUGAAUCUUCUACUCGAGGCAAAAGAGCUUUCAAAAUUAUACGCAAAACGCGAGCAACCCACGGCUGCCAAAUUCAUCUGGGUACACCUACCCGCAACCAAUGAUCUGUCAUCAAAGCUCAUGGAUGGAGAGGAAAUUCGCAGCGAUGAAGAGACCACAGACGUCAAAUCAUUUCUGCGGACCUCGUGGUUCCAGAUUCCAGAUCAAUCCUCCAAGACUCGUAUCAUGAGACCGCAAUUCAUAGAGAGAUCAAAUCUGUCAGCUUCCAAGACGCGAGACGAGAAUAUAGACACGGAUGUCCCAGCUGAAGCUCCACACAUUCACGAAUCAUCGGUCGGCGAGGACACAAAAGACGAGGGGAGAGUUGUUGUGGGAAAAGACACGCAAGGGGUUGAGAAACAAAAGCAGUCUCCCUUCGUUGCCAGCUCUGCUGUCUAUAUGCCAUUUCUAGCUUUCUCAACGCUCACUGGCACAAUGAAGAGCGAAGACCGGAAAGAAGACGAGAAUUGGCCAGUUCUCAGCAAAAUCGCAGAGCGACGAAUAGAUGAGAUCGGAGGAAAAUAUCGCAAUCUGAUUGACAAGUACGAUGGAAGUCAAACUGUCCACGGCUGUGCGACUCUUGAUGAAGCAUACUAUCAUUUUUCACCAGAAAUGGGUGAACCUGGAGUCGCAACAGACUGCAUAUCUCGUAACAGAAGUCAAGUCGUUACCAAGCACUUUUUACGGCGCAGCAACAAAAGCUUACCCACAAACGAUGCACCUGACACCGAUAAGACAUAUUGGCCGAUUCUUCGAGUAAAUCAGAUCUGGAUCUGGACUAUUGCGAACAAGUGGCUGAUAAGCGCCACAUCACACCAACCUGAUGACUACGAACAGUCCUGGAUCGAUGGCUUUAUUCAGCAUUUGAACCAACGAUUAGCCACAGGUGGUACUCAACCUCAACCAGCGACGACUUCGGAGAUGAUUAAAGUCAUGGUUGACUACUGUAUAGGGUUCUAUGAAAGAAGGCGAGUUUGGGAAGACCUGACGCCAAAGACUGACACGCAGAAAGAUGAUGAGGCUGAGAAGCUGUCAAUGCGACAGAUCUUCUCAAAUCAUAUAAAUUUCAUUGGACGAAGAGAAACAAACCUGUUUGAGGAGUUUCGCCGAGAAGUAGGCGGGAAAUCGGAUAUCAGCACACAGGUGAAGGUGGCCAAGGAUGCAAUCCUCGACGCUGAGAAAUUACUCAGUGAAAUAAAAGAUGUUCGCGACGAACUAAACAUCCUAAGAUCAGUUGUGAACCACCAGAACACUGUCCAACGCCAGAUCUACAACAAAACUUUAAGUGGUUCAAAUCUCUCUUCGCGCUUCAUUUCCCAUGAUAUCGAGGACAUGGAGAGUCACGCUGCCAGGAUCCAAUCAGCUGUCGAUUCAACACUGUCUCUUUCCGGAACCCAGAUUGCAAAUUUUCAGGCAGAAGAAGCUGCACGGCAAGGAAAGUCUUUGAUGCUUUUCACCAUCUCUACAAUUAUCUUUCUCCCAUUAUCGUUUCUGACCUCUUUAUUCGCUCUGGACAUUGAGUCGUUCCAAAAUGUACCUGGUUGGGUGUUCGGGGUCAUAUUCGGCGGCUCUCUGAUCUUCACGGUUGUGCUCGCGACGCUUGCUCUGUACUGGGAGUCAAUGUGGAAAAAUGUUCUGGAUCCCAGUCCUUCGGAUGACAAAUCCGGUCGUAGUAUCUCAAUGCGAUCGAUCAAGGAUUCAAUAUCGCAAAUGAACAAACAAAACCAGCCUGAUUCAGGAAAUGCCAAGCUCAGCACAGGCGCUGCGACAUUCAAUCGAAAAACAAAAAAUCAGGGCAUAAAAAAUCAGGGAAGACUUCGCAGGUCAGAUGAAGAAUGGAAUGCUGGAGUUGCUGGAUCGGAAGUUCAAUGA